GAAAUAUUUUCAACUACACCAGCUUUAAUUUUUUAUUCACAUUCUUUUAAAAGCAUGCAUUAGGCCGUAAAUAUCAAGCUCAUCUUUAUAAUAGACUCGGAUUCUAUUUUGGACCCUUUUAUUUUAAUCUUGCUGCUGGUGUGUCAAAAAGAAAAGAGGAAACUAUAUUUAGGAGAGGAAGCAUAUCAAAACACGAUGUGGCAUCUUUUUUUUGUUGAUGUGGGCACACUUUGCCAUUAAAACACCGAUAUUUCACACGUGCUGACUUGUAUUUAUUUUUAUUUCCCUUUUCUCACUUCUUUUUCUCUUUUCUUUUUUCUCUUUUUAUUAUUAAAGUCAUUAUGGAAAAGUCAGCCCAUGACAAGUCAAGUAGUCACAGCAAUACUUCUUCUACAAGUACCAUCGUUGGUGUUCAUUAUCAAGUGGGAAAGAAAUUAGGCGAAGGAAGUUUUGGUGUCAUUUAUGAAGGCUUGAAUCUUUUAAAUAAUCAGUCAGUUGCCAUCAAGUUUGAGCCAAGGAAAUCAGAAGUACCACAGUUGAGAGAUGAAUAUAGGACAUAUAAAAUAUUAGCUGGAACAUCUGGUGUGCCCAGUGCUUAUUAUUUUGGUCAUGAAGGAUUACAUAAUGUGCUUGUCAUUGACUUAUUAGGACCAAGUUUAGAAGAUUUAUUUGAUAUGUGUGGUAGAAAAUUUUCGAUAAAGACUGUAGCUAUGGUGGCAAAGCAAAUGAUUUCUCGUGUACAAAGUGUUCAUGAACGCAAUUUGAUUUAUAGGGAUAUCAAACCUGAUAAUUUCUUGAUUGGUCGUCCAGGCACUAAAUAUGCAAAUAUGGUCUUUUUGGUGGAUUAUGGCAUGGCUAAACUAUAUCGUGAUCCAAAAACAAAGAAACAUAUUCCAUAUAGAGAACGCAGGAGUUUGUCAGGAACCGCACGUUAUAUGAGUAUCAAUACUCAUUUGGGAAGAGAGCAAUCAAGACGCGAUGAUUUAGAAGCAUUAGGUCAUGUCUUUAUGUACUUUUUGCGUGGUUCACUUCCUUGGCAAGGCCUUAAAGCGGCAACAAACAAGCAAAAAUACGAAAAGAUUGGUGAAAAGAAACAAUCGACGUCUGUCAAGGAAUUAUGUGGAGCAUUUCCAGAGGAAUUCGGUAUUUAUCUUCAAUAUGUUCGAAAAUUAGGAUUUGAAGAGACACCCGAUUACGACUUUUUAAAAGAACUGUUUGAUAAAGUGUUGGAACGUGUAGGUGAAAAAGAUGAUGGCAUUCAUGAUUGGAUGCUACUAAAUGACGGUAAAGGAUGGGAGAACCGAUUUAAGCAAUUAAAAGAUGCUAGAGCAAGAAGAUCAGGUCAUCAUCAAUCCAAACACCAUAAUAAGAGAACAAGAGCGCCUGUGACAGCUACAAAUAACAACAAUGCAGACAAUAGACAUAGAUCAACAACUGAUAUGCCAGUUGCACCUGCCUAUGUUCCCUUACAAGAUCCUUUUAGUCAACAAAAAGAAAGAAGAGAAAAGCAUGGAUUUUGGAAAAGCCUUGUCAGUUUUGUUACAUGCAGUGGACAUCAAGAUUAAAGAAAAUAAUGAAGAUACCCCCCUUUCUUUUGCUUUU